GAGCGGUUGGGGGAGGGGGAUGGCUAGAGCUGGAUCCGAGGGAGGGCGGGAGGCAGACACAAAGCCCUUCCCUCGCCUCCCCCUCCACCUCCCCUCCUUCUCUUCCUCCUCCUCCUCCUCCUGCUCCUCCCGGGCGGGGAAAGUCAGCCCCGCGCUAGUCCGCGGGGCCACCGGUCGCCCCCGCCUCCGGGACCUGCGGGGAGGGCCUGCGCGAGAUGGAUAAAGGACAUGUGGACUUCUGAGCUUCCGCCGGAGAAGAUAACAGUUCAAGCCCUCCAGGAUGCUGGGCAGGUGGGGGCUGGAGUGAGAGAUGCUGGCGUGAAGGGAAACCUACGGAGAGCACCUAAUCAUAAUUCAAAUUUUGCUUAUGAACAUGGAGACAGAGCAAGGGCCAUGGUUGGAUGAUCUGAAUGGCUUGAAGGAUCCAGCACGUGUCCCCCCAUCAAGAGCCAGAUCCGUGGAUGGACCUACCUCCUGAACUUCCCUACUGACAGCUCAAACUCAGCAGUUCUCAAAUUUAUGAAGCCAAGACUGGAGUCCCAGGCGUGCAGUAGAGUCUCGCUGCGGGAAAUGUCAGCUUGGACCAUGGGCGCCUGCGGUCUGGAGAAGCGAGGAAGUUUCUUUAAGCUUAUUGACACAAUCGCCUCGGAGAUUGGAGAACUGAAACAGGAGAUGGUGCAGACAGAUGUCAGCCUGGAAAAUGGCCUGGGACCCACAGAAGCCCACAGCAUGGUGAGGCACAAGGACGAUGGCUACUCCGAGGAAAAGGAUGUGAAGACCUGUCCCCGGGACUCUGGCUACGACAGCCUGUCCAACAGGCUCAGCGUCUUGGACCGCCUCCUGCACACCCACCCCAUAUGGCUGCAGCUGGGUCUGAGCGAAGACGAGGCGGCAGGAGUCCUACGGGCACAGCCUCCGGGGAUCUUCCUGGUUCGUAAAUCCACCAAAAUGCAGAAGAAAGUCCUCUCCCUUCGCCUGCCCUGUGAAUCUGGAGCCCCACUCAAGGAAUUUGCCAUAAAGGAAAGCACAUACACCUUUUCCCUGGAAGGCUCAGGAAUCAGUUUUGCGGAUUUAUUCCGGCUCAUUGCUUUCUACUGCAUCAGCAGGGACGUCCUGCCGUUUACCUUGAAGUUGCCUUAUGCCAUUUCAACAGCCAAGACUGAGGCUCAGCUUGAAGAACUAGCCCAACUGGGACUAAAUUUUUGGAGCUCUCCAGCUGACAACAAACCCCCAAACCCUCCACCUCCCCAUAGGCCUCUCUCCUCCGACGGUGUGGGUCCUGCCUCGCGUCAGCUCUGCCUUAUAAAUGGAGUGCAUUCUAUAAAAACCAGGACGCCCUCGGAGCUGGAGUGCAGCCAGACCAACGGAGCCCUGUGCUUUAUUAAUCCUCUGUUCUUCAAAGUGCACAGCCAGGAGAUCGGCGGAGGCCCGAAGCGGCCCUGCACCCGGACUCCCCCCGACGCGAAUGGCACGGAGAGGCCUCGGUCCCCCCCACCCCGGCCCCCGCCCCCCGCUAUUAAUAGUGUGCACGGCAGCCCCCAGCUGUCCGGGCCCGCGGCCCCCGCGAGCAUGCCGGAAACCGUGGCCCAUCACCAACACGGCGACGGAGCUCGGCUUGGAGCGAAACCAACCCCCGUCCCUCCGCCCCGGCUCAAGAAGCAGGCGUCUUUUCUCGAGGCGGAGGGCGGCGCCAAGACCUUGAUCGGCGGCCGGCCUCGCCCGGAGCCCGCGGCGGGCCCGGCCGGCGGCGCAGGUGGAGCCCCGGCGGCGGCGGUGGAGGAGGAGGAGGCCCCGCGGGAUUGCACAAGGGCCCGGCCCGCCGCCGCCCCUGCAUCCCCAUCCCGGGCCCCGUGGCGCGGAGGCCGACAGAGGCUGAGUGACAUGAGCAUUUCCACUUCCUCCUCCGACUCGCUGGACCUGGACCGCAGCAUGCCCCUGUUUGGUUACGAGGCGGACACCAACAGCAGCCUGGAGGACUACGACGUGGAGAGCGACCAGGAGACCAUGGCCCCCCCCAUCAAGUCCAAGAAGAAGAGGAACAGCUCCUUCGUGCUGCCCAAGCUCGUCAAGUCCCAGCUCCGCAAGAUGAGCGGGGUGUUCAGCUCCUUCCUGACCCCCGAGAAGCGCAUGGUGCGCAGGAUCGCCGAGCUGGCCCGCGACAAGCGCACCUACUUCGGCUGCCUGGUGCAGGACUAUGUGAGCUUCCUGCAGGAGAACAAGGAGUGCCACGUGUCCAGCACGGACCUGCUGCAGACCGUCCGGCAGUUCAUGACCCAGGUGAAGAACUACUUGUCCCAGAGCUCGGAGCUGGACCCCCCCAUCGAGUCGCUGAUCCCCGAAGACCAAAUAGAUGUGGUAUUGGAAAAAGCCAUGCACAAGUGCAUCCUGAAGCCCCUGAAGGGCCACGUCGAGGCCAUGCUGAAGCACUUCCAUGUGGCCGACGGCUCAUGGAAACAACUCAAGGAGAACUUGCAGCUCGUGCGGCAGAGGAAUCCACAGGAGCUGGGCGUCUUCGCCCCCACCCCUGACUUUGUGGACGUGGAGAAAAUCAAAGUCAAGUUCAUGACCAUGCAGAAGAUGUAUUCACCAGAAAAGAAAGUCAUGCUGCUGCUGAGGGUCUGCAAGCUCAUCUACACCGUCAUGGAGAACAACUCAGGGAGGAUGUAUGGAGCCGAUGACUUUUUACCGGUCCUGACCUAUGUCAUAGCCCAGUGUGACAUGUUGGAACUGGACACAGAGAUUGAGUACAUGAUGGAACUCCUGGACCCAUCCCUGUUACACGGAGAAGGAGGCUACUACCUGACCAGCGCCUACGGAGCACUUUCCCUGAUAAAGAAUUUCCAGGAAGAGCAGGCAGCGAGACUUCUCAGCUCUGAGGCCAGGGACACCCUGAGGCAGUGGCACAAGCGGAGGACCACCAACCGGACCAUCCCCUCAGUGGACGACUUUCAGAAUUACCUCCGGGUCGCAUUCCAGGACGUCAACAGUGGCUGCACGGGAAAGACCCUCCUCGUGAGGCCUUACGUCACCACGGAGGACGUGUGUCAGCUCUGUGCCGAGAAGUUCAAGGUGGCCGACCCCGAGGAGUACAGCCUCUUCCUCUUCGUGGACGAAACGUGGCAGCAGCUGGCAGAGGACACGUACCCUCAGAAAAUCAAGGCCGAGCUGCACAGCCGGCCACAGUCCCACGUCUUCCACUUUGUCUACAAGCGCAUCAAGAAGGAUCCUUACGGCGUCAUCUUCCAGAACGGGGAAGAAGAGCUCACCGCCUCCUAGGAGACACGCGAGGCUUCCCAGUGGUGCAUCCAAAGAGGGGAGUUAGGAACCUGGCCCCUGGCUUCCACGUGCUUGUGCUUGAAAAGCAGUCACCUCCUUGGGGACCGCUCGGUUCAGUGACGGAGCCAUCCACGGGCCGACUUGGCCGAGGGCACCUUUAGCCACGACGCCCAAGCACAGUAGCUGAGGUUCAUGAAACAAACAGUAGGAUCCGUCCUUCAGAGAUGGAGAACUGCAUCUGAUGGUUCAGGUGUCCCGGGAUCGUUUGCUGCCUACCCCCAGCCAGGUACUGGGUUGGCUCACGUGUAUGUAUGCGUACUGAAUAAACAUUUAAGGUACAAGCUCUUCUCUUGAGUUCAACAGCAGGCGUUUGACAAGACUGUCCGAUGCGGUGCAUCAAGGACCUCUCAGUUCAGUGGGUGCCUCCAUCCUUUCCUUCCUUCCUUUCUUCUUUCUUCUUUUUUUUUUUUUUUAUGAAGAGCCUUUGCGUUUUUAUAUAUUUCAUAGAAAUUUUUAUAGCAGUUGCAGGUAAACUGUCAGGAUUGGUUUUUAAAAUAUUUUUGUAACUUUAAGAUAUUCUAUAAUUAUGCAUGUGAUUUUUAACAUUUAAUAUGCAAAAAGAAAUCUCUUGCUGGAUUUGAGAGUAUUGCAUUUUAAAAGUCUCUCUUCUGUAACUGGAUGUUUGGGCAACUUUGUGGGGAGAGACUGCUGGGUUUCUUACAGCGAUGUAUUACUGACACUGGCCACAGAAUGCCUUUGGAAAUCCGACGUACUGUUAUUACCUUGUUCACGCUCAGUGGUAUCGCGUUGUUUUGUGUUUUCACCAAGUAAUGCUGGGGAUCAGGAAAGAAAUGAAUGUAGAGAGAGGUCGAGAGGGAAAUACAGACUCUAACAGAGGACUAAGGGGUGGAGUCUGCUGGUUCAGGCUCCUUGAAGGAAGUGGGAAAAGGAGAUAAAAGGAACCACCUAUGCUGAAAAUACUGUAAAUAUGCAGUGAGAUUUGCAAAAUCUGUCCCAUGUUAUUUGCUUUCGGAAGCAAUUUUGAAAACCCCACGAGGGAAAAAAAAAAUAAGAACACCACUUUUUUAUUUUCCUUUUCCACAUAAAUCAAAACUAACAGCAUCAGAUUAUUUUGGGCAGAAACCACGUAAUGUGAGUUUCACUGAGUUAAAUAAAUGCCAUUUGGAAAGGAGUUUGCAAAUGCACCAAAAAGCCAAUCUGUGUUGUAGAAUGUGUGGCGAAGUUAAAUUUCUGUUUUACGAAACCUGUUUGGGCGGGGGCUGGGGGGGGCGGUUUGCACAGAGGAUGAGGGUCUCGUAUCAACGUAACGAAGGUAGUUACAAAAACAUGUUAUUGUACUGUGUAAGGAUGCGUAGUCAUCUAAUUUUGUUGGCUUUGUACCUUGUACCUUUUUAAGCUUUUGCUGUACAUGUGGAACCCUCAACACAUACUGUGUUGUACUUCCUUUUGUAAAUGAUUUUUUUAAUGGAAUUUUGCACAUAAUACAUUGUAAUACUGUACGAUAA